AUGCAAUAUGACGAGGAUGAUGAUGAAAUCACUGCAGAUCUGUGGCAAGAAGCAUGUUGGAUUGUUAUCAGGUAUAUGGUUCACAGACUUCUUCUGUCAGCUUUGGGAAGAAGGGAACUUGAUGACAGAGAUCAUUAUGGUAACAAGAGACUGGAUCUUGCUGGGCCAUUGCUUGCAUUUUUGUUUAGGGGCAUGUUUAAAAACUUGCUAAAAGAAGUAAGGAUAUAUGCACAGAAGUUCAUUGAUCGUGGAAAAGAUUUUAACUUGGAGUUGGCAAUUAAGACACGAAUAAUUUCAGAUGGCUUGAAGUACUCUUUGGCUACUGGAAACUGGGGUGACCAAAAGAAAGCUCAUCAAGCAAGAGCCGGUGUAUCGCAGGUGUUAAAUAGAUUGACAUUUGCAUCCACCCUUUCUCAUUUACGAAGACUGAAUUCUCCCAUUGGCAGAGAUGGUAAACUAGCUAAACCUCGUCAAUUACAUAACACACUGUGGGGUAUGGUUUGCCCUGCCGAAACUCCUGAGAUUGAUCAUUGGCAGGACCUUGUGGCUAGUGGCGUUGUUGAGUACAUUGAUACCCUAGAAGAGGAGACUGUUAUGCUUGCAAUGACACCAGAUGAUUUGCAGGAGAAAGGGGUAGCAUAUUGUUCAACUUAUACACAUUGUGAAAUCCACCCUUCUAUGAUCCUUGGUGUAUGCGCUUCUAUAAUUCCCUUCCCUGAUCAUAACCAGUCUCCUAGAAACACAUACCAGUCUGCUAUGGGUAAGCAAGCGAUGGGCGUUUACAUUACAAAUUUUCAUGUUCGUAUGGAUACUCUGGCACAUGUGCUCUAUUACCCACAAAAACCUCUGGUUACUACACGAUCCAUGGAGUACUUGCGAUUCAGAGAGCUUCCAGCAGGUAUUAACUCUAUUGUGGCAAUUGCAUCAUAUACUGGAUACAACCAAGAGGAUUCUGUCAUCAUGAAUAGAUCGGCUGUUGAUAGAGGCUUUUUCAGGUCUGUGUUCUAUCGUUCAUAUAAAGAACAGGAAUCAAAGAAAGGAUUUGAUCAAGAAGAAGUUUUUGAGAAGCCUACUAGAGAAACAUGCCAGGGAAUGCGCCAUGCCAUCUAUGAUAAAUUGGAUGAUGAUGGGUUAAUAGCACCUGGUGUACGUGUAUCAGGAGAUGAUGUUAUCAUUGGUAAGACUGUAACACUUCCUGAAAACGAAGAUGAGCUAGAAAGUGUUAACAGACGUUAUACCAAGAGAGACUGUAGCACUUUCCUUCGCACUAGUGAAACUGGGAUUGUGGAUCAAGUUAUGGUAACACUUAAUCAAGAAGGAUACAAGUUUUGCAAGAUACGGGUGCGUUCCGUAAGAAUACCUCAGAUAGGAGAUAAGUUCGCUAGCAGACAUGGACAGAAGGGAACCUGUGGUAUCCAGUACAGACAGGAGGAUAUGCCUUUCACUUGUGAAGGUAUUACUCCUGAUAUAAUUAUCAACCCCCAUGCCAUCCCUUCUCGUAUGACCAUUGGGCAUUUAAUUGAAUGUCUUCAGGGGAAGGUAUCUGCAAAUAAGGGGGAGAUUGGUGAUGCAACACCUUUUAACGAUGCUGUCAACGUGCAGAAGAUUUCGAACCUGUUAUCAGAUUAUGGUUAUCAUUUAAGAGGAAAUGAAGUAAGUCAGCAUUAA